AUGGCGGACGAGAUAGACGCACUGUUCAUGUUUGGUGAUGAUUUAGAAGCUAUUUUGGAUGUUUUAGAAGAAGAUGAGAGAAUACAAGUUGACUUCACGGCAGCGGUGAACCUGGUAAGUGUUGAAGAUUGUAUUUUUGACUCGAAUUAUCGACAAAUACACUCGAAAGUGUUCAAAAUGUUUCUGUAAACAGUCACGACUUUCUUGUAUUUUGCAUUUAUACAGCCAGUAAAAAUAGCAUGAAAUGUGUAAGCCUUUUGCAGCAUUUUAAGCUCAGUACAUUUAUCAAUUAUUUAAAAAGUAAAUUGAAGUCAAAAACAAAGAAAAAUGAUCUCAAAACCAUGAACGAUGUUUCCCUAUAAUCGACCCUUUGCUACAACAAUUUCUUGCCUAGACUUUGCUAACUCUGAACUUUCUACAUUAUUAUAUGCUAUGUAUUCAGUGUAUUCAUUAUUAUACCCUUUUUUUAGGCCCAGACUUUUCAUAUCGUUUGUGAAUGUGGGAAAAGCUACAAAACCAAAGGUGGAUAUGGGAGACACAGGACCGCAAAACAUGGGAACACCGAAAGUGAGUCCGCUACAAUGUUCACAACCAGCCUUCUCGCCGAGAUGGUGAACAGUGCUGUACAGAGUAUUAAAGAAAGGAAGGUGUUCAAUUUAAGCAUAAAGAAUGAGCUGACUGUAUUCAUAUUUGAAUUAGAGGAAAGAUCUGAUGAAUUCUUUUAUCUCAAAACAAUCUAUGAAUCACUAAGAAAGAAAGGAGAUGUUGAAAAGUUUUAUUCUAAUUUUUAUGGAACUGUUGCAUUGAAUGCCACCAAGUACUUCAAAGGACUCACACGGAAUGCAGCAACAUUGUUGGCAACCAAGGUGGCAGACACUAUGAUUGCAAACUCAAAAAAACAGAAGUUAUCUUCUGUAAGCAAUGAGUCCAUUCAUGAAUUGACAGACAAACAAAAGGCUGGGCUACAAUAUGUGAGCGGUUAUGUGUUGCAAAACCUGCACAAGAAAUAUCGUAAAGUUAACUCUAUUGAAAGCCAACAAGCGAUGACCAUCCUUAAGGCUGGAAAACUGGAUAGCAUGAACUUGAACACACAGAAACAGGAACUGAUUUCAAGCUUGAACAGAGGGGGGCUCUGGACAGUUACAUUGCCAGCUUUUAAGAUCUUUUUGAAGACUGAUGAAUAUUUCAGGCAAUCAACUUCAAAAGCUGGUUUACAGAGAAUUGACAUUGUUGGAAUUACCAAAACCUCAACUACAGACAGUGAUGUCUUGGCCAACUAUCAACUAAUUGUAUCCGAGGCAGACUGUGAUUCAUACAGUCAUGUCCAAAAAGAUGUUUUGCACAACAUUGUAAGCUUAUAUAUCAGAGUAAGGUCAUUCUCCUAUGCUAAAGAUAUUGUUCAGCAAUAUAAAAUCAAGGCAAAACAAAGGAAAAGCAAGUCUCUACGAAAGGAAAUAAGUAGAAGUUGCAAACAAAAUGAAGAGGAAAGACAGGAGUAA